AAGUGUUAUUUGUCAUCAAUUAUUCUUAUAACGUUGUAAUUUGGUCACGUUCGAUUCCAAUAGAUUGCUUUUUUUAGACUUCCAAAUCGUUCUAAGGGAUUAUCAUUUUAUAUUAUCUGGAUUAUUAUCGAGAAUUACUGAGUUAUCAUUUUAUGAUCCAUACUUACCUACUAGGACUGCGUAAACAAUAAUGUCUCAUACAAUACUGUUAGUACAACCUGGUGUCAGACCUGAAACAAGAACAUAUUCUGAUUAUGAAAGCAUUAAUGAAUGUAUGGAAGGAGUUUGUAAAAUUUAUGAAGAACAUCUAAAGAGACGAAAUCCAAACACUCCAACUAUUACUUACGAUAUUAGUCAAUUAUUUGAUUUCGUGGAUCAAUUAACGGAUUUAUCUUGUCUUGUCUACCAAAAAUCGACAAAUACUUAUGCUCCUUAUAAUAAGGAUUGGAUCAAAGAAAAGAUAUAUGUUUUAUUGCGUAGAGCUGCGGGACAUGGAGAGUAAUCGAUACAUAAGUACAUAUAUAUUCGGGUAUAUGUUGUGAUCGUACUCGCGAGCACAGCACAACUUCGUCGCGUUUAAGAAAAAUACAGAAAAUUAGAAUCAGACUACAAUUUCGCAUACAGAACGACAUACGAAAAGGACCGCUCAGCUGUGUAAUAGAUGGGUGACUCUCAUGAGUGGGGAAAAUUGGAGGGCGAGAAAGAUAA